GACGAGCUCGAGACCUACCUCGAGGCUCCCCCGCUGUCCUCCGUUGAGGAUCCCCUCCAGUACUGGAACCUUAUGUUGAACACAUCAAACUCGGCGCUGGCCCGGAUGGCCAUUGACUUCUUGACUGCACAAGCCACUUCAACAGACUCAGAGCGGUCAUUCUCCCGGGGCAGGCUUACGGUCUCGCGUCUCCGCCACUCUCUCAGUGAUGAGUCGGUGCGUACCGGGACCGUUCUCGGCUCGUGGAGUGAUAUCCCCGAGCUGGUUCCCGAGGCGGAGGUCGUCUCCCUUCUCACGGAGAAGUCUCGCAAGACGGGCGGCUCGCGGGCGGCUACCCUUCCCGCGCCUGCGGUGGAGGUCAUCGAGAUCGAGUAG